AUGACAAAAGAACUCUUCAUGCAAGGAAUCAGUGAAAAUGUGGGUUCUAUAAAUGGUGAUAUUAGCUCGUGGUCUGAGUGGUCUGAGUGGUCCGAGUGCAACAGGCCAUGUCCAUGGUCUUGGUGCAGAAACACAACCUGUAUUGGAGCCAAAUCAAGGAAAAGAACAUGUACGAAGUCAGUUACCAAUAACACCACUCCGAUCUGUGCAGGUGCUUUUAAGGAAAAUGUGCUUUGUAUAAAAGCUAACUGUCCCGUGAAGGGAGAAUGGAGUGGUUGGACCGGGUGGUCGGCAUGCAGUGUUACGUGUGGAAGCGGUCAUCGUCAAAGAAGUAGAUUCUGUGCAGAUCGCAAAAACCCGUGUCAAGGAAAAAACUUUGAAAAAGCUCACUGUAAUGUGAAACUUUUAUGUCCAUUUGAUGGUCACUUUGGCGAGUGGAGCGAAUGGAGUGAGUGUUCACAGCUCUGUAGUGGGUUUAGGAAAAGGCACAGAACUUGUACUGAUUCAGAACCAGGGCAAGGCAAAAACUGCUCGGGAAAUCGGGAGGAAACACAAAAUUGCUCGGACGACAGCUGUGAAGGUAUAUAUUAUUAG